UCCAAAUUAAAUUUAACAAAACUGCAUAGGGCAUUAUCGUCAUUUCCGACGUCGUCGUAAGCUUCACACUCCCAAAUCAAAUCCAUUCACCUGACCACCACCACCACCACCACAACCACCGCAGAGCUCCGCUCUCCUCUCGUUUUCUCAGUUUACCUCUCUAGAUCAGUCACUGCGCCUCCGCCUCCGACAAACUGGAAGCUCAGAUCAGCCAGUGACUCCGCCGCGUCAAUUUCCGACGCAUAAUUCAAUCCUUCCGCCUUCAUCUUCUAGUUCGGGAAUGGCUUCUUCGGAAGCUGAUUCCCGCUUAAACCAAAUCCUGAUCCCCGCGCUCGAUAAGAUCCAGAAGAAUGCUUCGUGGCGCAAGCAUUCCAAGCUCGGGUCCGAGUGCAAAUCCGUUAUCGAGCACCUCACCUCACCCAAUCGGAACCCUACCGCCGCGUCGCCGCCUACGUCUCCGUCGGCGCAAUCCGAUUCCGACGCGUCUUUGCUGCCGGGCGUCCUCCUAGAUCUUUCCCUGUACGAUUCCGAGAUCGUUCUCAGCCCACUCAUCAACGCACUAUCCACCAACUACCUCAAAGUUGCGGAGCCUGCUCUUGAUGCGGUCCAGAAAUUGAUCGCCCACGGCUACUUACACGGCGAAGCGGACCCCAGCGGUGGCGCGGAGGCGAAGUUGCUCUCGAAAUUGAUCGACUCCGCUUGCAAGUGCCACGAAUUGGGGGACGAGAAUGCGGAGUUGUUGGUGAUCAAGUCGCUUCUUUCAGCGGUUACGUCGGUUGCGCUGCGACUGCACGGUGAUUGUCUGCUGCAAGUGGUGAGGACUUGCUAUGACAUAUAUUUGAAUAGUAAGAAUGGGGUGAAUCAGACGACAGCCAAGGCAUCGUUGGUUCAGAUGCUAGUUAUUGUGUUUAGGAGAAUGGAGGCCGAUUCUUCUACGGUGCCAUUGCAGCCUAUUGUGGUAGCAGAGCUUGUGGAGCCAGCAGAGAAGGCGGAUGUGGAUGGUUCCAUGAUUUUCGUUCAGAGUUUUAUUACUAAGAUAAUGCAGGAUAUAGAUGGGGUUUUCAGCCCUGGUACGCCCAGUGGUGUCACGGGAUCAGGGGCUGGGGCCCAUGACGGGGCAUUUGAGACGAAGACCUCAACUGUGGAGGGCACAAAUCCAGCAGAUUUGUUGGACUCAACGGAUAAGGAUAUGCUUGACGCUAAGUAUUGGGAGAUCAGCAUGUAUAAGACGGCAUUAGAGGGUAGGAAAGGAGAGUUAGCAGACGGUGAGGGAGAAAGGGAUGAUGAUUUGGAGGUGCAGAUUGGAAACAAGUUGAGGAGGGAUGCUUUUUUGGUUUUCCGGGCUUUGUGUAAGCUCUCCAUGAAGACUCCACCCAAGGAUGCCGUUGCUGAUCCCCAAGCAAUGAAGGGGAAGAUAGUGGCAUUGGAAUUGCUCAAACUUUUACUGGAAAAUGCUGGGGCAGUAUUUAGGACUAGUGAAAGAUUUUUAGAUGCUAUAAAGCAGUACUUGUGUUUGUCACUUUUGAAGAACAGUGCUUCAACUCAUAUGAUCGUGUUCCAGCUCUCAUGCUCCAUAUUUAUGAGCCUGGUGUCGCGUUUUAGAGCUGGAUUGAAAGCAGAAAUUGGGGUAUUUUUUCCUAUGAUAGUCCUUCGAGUGUUAGAAAAUGUUGUGCAACCCAAUUUUCAGCAGAAGGUGACAGUCCUUCACUUUCUGGAGAAGCUGUGUGUAGAUUCACAGAUCUUGAUAGACAUAUUCCUCAAUUAUGACUGUGAUGUUAAUGCUUCCAAUAUAUUCGAGAGAAUGGUCAAUGGACUACUUAAAACUGCUCAGGGUGUUCCACCUGGUGUUUCAAGUACACUCCAGCCCCCGCAAGAUGCUAGUAUGAAACUAGAAGCUAUGAAGUGCUUAGUUGCUAUCCUAAAAUGCAUGGGUAACUGGAUGAACAAGCAAUUGAGAAUUCCAGAUAUUCAGUCGUCAAAGAAACUAGAUGCUGCAGAUAAUGUACCUGAUUCUGGGAGUCCCCCUCACACAAAUGGCAAUAUAGAUGAGCCAACAGAAGGAUCGGAUGCACAGGGUGAAGCUUCCAGUGAAGUUUCUGAUGUUUCAACUCUGGAGCAGCGCCGUGCCUAUAAACUUGAACUUCAGGAAGGCAUCUCUCUUUUUAAUCGCAAACCCAAGAAAGGUAUUGAGUUCCUGAUAAAUGCAAAUAAGGUGGGGAACUCCGCAGAAGAGAUAGCAGCUUUCCUUAAAAAUGCCAAUGGUUUGGAUAAAACUCUGAUUGGUGACUAUUUGGGUGAAAGGGAAGAUAUGUCAUUGAAAGUAAUGCAUGCUUAUGUGAAUUCAUUUGAAUUCCAAGGGAUGGAGUUUGAUGAGGCAAUCAGGGUCUUCCUACAGGGCUUUCGGUUGCCUGGCGAGGCACAAAAGAUUGACCGGAUCAUGGAAAAGUUUGCUGAACAGUACUGCAAAUGUAAUCCAAAGACCUUUACAAGUGCUGAUACAGCUUAUGUGCUUGCAUACUCUGUUAUACUACUGAACACUGAUGCACACAACCCUAUGGUCAAGAACAAGAUGUCAGCUGAGGAUUUUAUAAGGAACAAUCGUGGGAUUGAUGAUGGAAAAGAUCUACCGGAGGAGUACUUGAGAUCAUUGUAUGAACGGAUAUCUAGAAGUGAGAUCAAAAUGAAAGAAGAUAAUUUGUCUGUCCAACAGAAGCAGUCUGUGAACUCAAACAGUGUUUUAGGUUUGGAUAGCAUACUAAACAUUGUGAUACGUAAGCGUGGGGAAGACAGUAUGGAGACCAGUGAUGACCUCAUGAGACACAUGCAGGAACAGUUCAAAGAAAAAGCUCGCAAGUCAGAGUCAAUUUACUAUCCUGCCAUAGAUACGGUGGUCCUCAAGUUCAUGAUUGAAGCAUGUUGGGCUCCAAUAUUGGCUGCCUUCAGUGUUCCUCUUGACCAAAGUGAUGAUGAAAUUGUGAUAGCUCUCUGCUUAGAGGGCUUUCGUAAUGCAAUCCAUGUCACUGCAGGAAUGUCCAUGAAAACUCAUAGAGAUGCUUUUUUGACAUCAUUAGCCAAGUUUACUUCACUCCACUCACCUGCAGAUAUCAAAAAGAAAAAUAUUGAUGCAAUCAAGGUUAUAGUCACCAUAGCAGAUGAGGAUGGGAACUAUUUACAGGAAGGCUGGGAACAUAUAUUAACAUGCGUUUCACGGUUUGAGCAUCAUUUCUGCAGAAUCUUGCACUCGAUAAACCUCCUAGUUACGAGGAGUCAGAAGUGGAGUCUUAUCUUGUCAACCUCUGCCAAGAAGUCUUGCAGUUCUACAUUGUUGUUGCCUGCUCGGGACAUCUUCCUGACUCAUCUCUCGACAGACGAACACACUGGACGAUACCUCUAG